AAAAACUAUUGUGUAAAGAAGAUUUAAGGGCAAUCAGCUCUUCAACACCAAUUUCUAAAGAGCAGUGUCAAGAAUUAAAAGGAGAAUAUCUUUGUCAAACAUAUUAUAAUUAUGAAGUUGUUAAUAAAACUCAUUCUCAA